AUGGCGCCUUGGUCGCUAAGCUUUUGGCUGACCUACGAAGAAGUACUUUCUUUAAUGGUGGCCAAUGUCCCGAAUCGCCCGAAAGAAUCAAAGCUGAAAAAGUUCGUGAACAGUCGCAUACCUAUCACGGAAUGGCUCCCGAAAUACACGAAAAACGACAUUGUAGCCGACUUCAUAGCCGGUCUAACCGUAGGGCUAACGAUGAUGCCUCAAUCCAUAGCUUACGCGGGAUUGGCCGGGCUAUCGCCGCAAUACGGCCUUUAUACGGCUUUUAUAGGAUCUUUCACUUAUAUUUUUUUCGGGACCAUAAAGGAGGUGUCCAUUGGGCCUACGAGUUUGAUGGCUAUAAUCACUCAGUCGUAUGUAGACGGGUUGCCUAUAGAAUGUGUUGUCCUGCUGACUUUUAUGGCGGGUGUAGUGGAAUUGCUUAUGGGAGUCUUUAGGUUAGGUUUUUUGGUAGAGUUCAUAUCAUCGCCUAUAACCUCAGGGUUUACCAGUGCUAGUGCUUUAAUCAUUAUUUUGGCACAGUUGAAACCUUUACUGGGCAUCAAAAGUCACAGCCAUGACUUUCUUAUGAUGGUCAUCGAGAUUUUCGAAAAUAUAGGCGAAACUAGGUUACCCGACGUUAGCCUAGGCAUGGGCUGCAUAAUGUUUUUGUUUGCAAUUAAGAGAAUAUCCAGGAUCCAGACACGAAAUCGCAACCUAAGGAAAAGCCUAUGGUUCCUGGGAAUAUCAAAAAACGCCAUUUGCGUAUUCUUAACAUCAUUGCUUGGAAUCUACCUGCACGAGUGCCGAGGCGGCGCGCCAUUCAAACUAACUGGCGAGGUUGUGCAAGGUUUGCCAUCGUUUUCGUUCCCCAACCUGACCGCCGUUAUCGACGACAAACCUGUGAACUUCAAGGGAAUGCUGGAGAGUCUAGGUUGGGGUGUGAUUGUUGUACCUUUUGUGGCUGUGUUGGCGAAUGUGGCCAUAGCAAAAUCAUACGCGUCUGACGUCGUUGUGGAUGCUAAUCAGGAAAUGAUGACCCUGGGCUUUUGUAAUUUGUUGGGGUCUUGCGUACAAGCCAUGCCCAGUUGUGGUGCCUUUACUAGAUCUGCAGUGGCUAGCAGUAGUGAUGUCAGAACACCUUUACAAGGUUUAUAUUCAGCGAGUGUUAUAAUGUUAGCCCUCUCUUUAUUGACGCCUUACUUCUACUAUAUACCCAAAGCUGCGUUAGCAGCAGUUCUCAUUACAGCCGCAUCCUCCUUAAUAGACUAUGAAAUUUUCCCUAAGCUAUGGAGAACUGACAAGUUCGACUUCCUAUUAACCAUAUUCACCUUUGUGGUUGGUGUAAUAUUCGGCGUGGAAAUAGCAAUUGUUUCUGGUGCUUUGAUCAACAUGAUUCGGCUUUUGAAAGUCUGGACUCGACCUGUGAUUUUCACGUUUAUACGUAGUGGCAGACAAGGUAGAGAGUAUCUUUACUUGAAACCAGAGUUAGGGUUGUAUUACCCCACAGCUGACUAUCUAACCGAGUACAUAAAAAAGCAACAUAAAAACCAUAAGUGUCCCAUGGCGUUGGAUUGCCAAAAUGUACUGCAUAUUGAUUAUGCGGGUUGUAAGGCUUUAGAGACGAUGUUGAACCUGUAUAAUGACAAAGAGGUCCAGCUGAUAUUGCUGAACGUUAGUCCGAUUAUCAAGGGGAAGUUAAAAACGGUCCUGGACAAAAAUAAUUUGAUAUACUGCCAAUCCAGUAACGAAAUCUGUGAUAAAGCAUUCGAUUUGCAAAUUUGUUCCGAAGAAGAAGUACCUUUAACCUUGUCCAAUGGUAAUAAGAAUGACAAUCUGAAGGAAAGAAAGUUAUCUUUGUAUGAUAAUGCUUUAGAGACGAUGUUGAACCUGUAUAAUGACAAAGAGGUCCAGCUGAUAUUGCUGAACGUUAGUCCGAUUAUCAAGGGGAAGUUGAAAACGGUCCUGGACAAAAAUAAUUUGAUAUACUGCCAAUCCAGUAACGAAAUCUGUGAUAAAGCAUUCGAUUUGCAAAUUUGUUCAGAAGAAGAAGUACCUUUAACCUUGUCCAAUGGUAAUAAGAAUGACAAUCUAAAGGAAAGAAAGUUAUCUUUGUAUGAUAAUGUAUAGUAUUAUUGUGUAUGUAUAUUUUUUGUGAAUAAAGCUCUUCAAAACACCAAAUAGUUUAUUAAUAUUAAGUCUUUUUUGCUUUCGUGAUAUACAAUAUUUUUGGUACAUUUUAUGUUUAUUUUGUUGAACUAACAACGUCCAAAGUAUGUAAGCUAUGUAACAAAUUUUGACAAGAAAAUAAAAUCUCAUUCUUCAUGGAAGACUAACACUUUAUCAACCCGUACAUAACUACUCGCCCUAUAAUUAUUAUUAAAACUCGAUAGAAUACAGAUGCUAAACACAACGUUGAUAGACCCUGUCAAAUUAGGUUUUGUAGAAGCAGUGCUAUAUACGUAGAAUAUAUCGAAAUUGAAGCAUAUUGUACGAAGCGAUUGCUUGGACCCCACUAGUUCUUGGACGUCAAAAUCGACACGAACUCUUCGUAGUUGACUUGGCCGUCGCCGUCCAAGUCCGCCUCCUUGAUCAUGUCGUCGACCUCCUCCUCGGUGAGCCUCUCCCCCAAACUGGUCAUGACGUGUCGCAGUUCUAUGGAGGAGAUCAAGCCGUCGUUGUUUUUAUCGAAAACGCGGAAAGCUUCCUUCAAUUCUUCCUCGCCGUCUGCGUCCUUCAUCUUCUUCGACAUCAUCUGAAGAAACUCGUUGAAUUCGAUGGUGCCGUUGCCAUCCUGGUCCACUUCGUUCAACAUGUCGCGAAGUUCGGUUUCUAUGAAAAAAAUGUUUUCAAUUCCAGCAACGUUGAA